GGCACUCUUUGGAUAAGAGAUAUGCAAAAGUAUUGGCUCCUGUUAUUGGGGCUCUAUGUAAUGAUAAGAAGCUCUUGUUGAUUGACAAGUUGUUCAGCAGGGACUUUUGAAGAGUACGGGUUCUGAUUCCAGUGCCAUGCUUCAUGUAAGAAAUGAGAUAGCUUUGGAGCUUGAAUUGAGUGAAAUGAAGGCUAUGUUGAUACAGGCGGGUUGUUGUGAGAGUACCAAGAAUGUGAGUAUGGACAGUUCUUCUCAACUACUUUGAAGAAAUGAGCUGAAUGUCAGGAUAGUUGUCAUACUUUUUGAUCAUACCAGAGCCAUUGAUUUGGAUGCUCUUCUGAUAAGAUAUUGAAUUUGAGUGAUCUGACUUGAGUAGAUCAGUGCGAUCCUGAGUCCCAAAUUAUGAUUAAUGAUACUCAGCUACAAUCUAUGCCAGUUUGAAGGGACUUCAAGUACUAUAUAGAUGCAAAUAGUCAGAGCCCUGUUGAGUUUGGAACUGAACAGCACCCUUACAAGGAUAUUCAGUCUGCUUUCGUUGAGAUCAUGAACUUUCACAGUCAUUCAGAGAGAACUGUAAUUGUGUAUGUUUUUGAAGAAACCACAGUGUUUAUACAAAGUCCAACUUAUUUUGUGAACAUGACUCAUGUCCAAAUAGAAUCAUACAAUGAUGGUUCUCAUAUUACAAGACUUGCAAGAAUAGUGGGAGUUAUUGAUAAGUCCAAGGUUAUUGCUCCAGCAAUGACAACUAAAUUUAUCAUAUUAGGUAAGGAUUACAAAUAAAUUAUAGCUCAUCAAACAUUGAAGCAGGAUGAAAUUGUAUUUGAUAACUCUGGGUUUGAUAGUGAAGACAAGGCUAAGCUACUUCUUAAUAAUGCUGUAUUUAAGCCAUUCCAUGCUGGAGUUCUUAUCAAGAACUUUAGAGUGGUCACACAAUAUGAUGAUCCAGGAACUUCACAUGCGAUAUUUGAGCCAUACAGAGUUGAUGCUAGAGUGGUAGGGUUGAUAGAUUGAGACCUGAGGACUCAAGGAACUAUCCUAAAUGCGAUUACAACAGUAUUUAACUGGCACAUGGAAAACAUCAUAUUUGAGACCCAAUACUUGCACAGACUAAGCUUGACAAGACUAGGAUGAGGAGAAGAUGGCACAGAUAUGGGAACCAGAAUUUAUUUUAAGAAUGUUACAUCUAUCAACUCUGGGGGGAAAGAUAUCUCUCUCCAUAAUCAGCAAUCAUUUACUAGGAACUAUUUUGCUAACACUGUUCAUUUUGAAGACUGAAGCUUUGACACUUAUUUGGGAUUUGAGAUUGAAAUUAUUCAAUUCAUCUUCUAUGACAAUCAUGUGGAUUGCAUCGAAUUAAAUCAAAAACCAUGGAAUAUCACAAAUUUCCGUGUUACAACCUCAAGGAAUGAUCCUGGAAAAGACAGCCAAUUCAUCCAGACUAAUGAUGUUGCUUUUGGUAGACUUCCAGACCCAACAAGGACUUUGACAGUUUAUAUAAAUAAUUUUGUGGCAGAGAAUGAUUAUAACAACAAAUUUGGCCAAUUGAUUGGUCUGAAUUCACCCAACACAGUUUUCAUUGUGAAUGGAUUAAGUUUUUUCAAUUCUUCAGGGUGGCUGAUCAACGUCAUGGCUUCGAUAAAUGUUACCUUCAAUAAUGUUCUUUUAGAGAAUGUUGAGGUGGACACACCAAAUCUAUCGUAUAUACUUGCAGAGAAUAAAGUUGUUUUCAAUGGAGUUGUUUUUAAAAACGUUUCAGACACUAAAGUCUAUUCUGAUCCUCUCUUUGAGCAUUUAAUCACUGGUGAUUCUGAAGUUGCCUUUAUCAACCUAGAGUUGAUAGAUUCCACAAUUCUUGAUAGAAGAGCUAUAUUUUAUGCAUCUGCUUCUUCUCAGAGUACUUUCCUGGCUGAAAACAUUAAGACUCAAGACCUUGUUCUGUAUGGAGAUGUAGCUUUGAUUGGAUAUGGGAUCUUCAAAGAAAUUAACUUCACUAAUAUUCAUGCACUUAGGACUUACUCUCAUGACGGAGGAACCAACUUUUUGAUUAAUUGUGAUUACAAUUCUGAAGGACUUGCUCCAGAUAACGUCCAGAUAUUCAAAGAUAUUGUGGUCGAACAGUCUUCAGUGCCUGUGAUGUCGGUGACUAAACCUGAUGCUUUUGUGAAUGUCACUCAGUCAUUAUCCAUAUCUAAUGUGACUUACAAAGACUCUUCAUUAACUUAUAAAAUUGAUCUGAUAAGGAUAUACAAAAUGGCAACAGUGGGAACUUAUUUAAUAGACAUCAGUGAAAUUACUUUCACAAAUUUGGUAUUUACAUUUGGGUCGAGACUAAUGUAUUUGCAGCAACAACUGGAGUCUCAAGUCCUGGUUACCAACCUGACUGUCACUGAUAUUGUACAUGCUGGAAUAACUGUGCAGGCUUUCAAAUCCAAUGAGUUUUACAAUAAAACACAUGUGAAGUUUGUAAACAUGAAAGGUUUCAACGUUGAUGGACGCACAAGGUCUCUUAUAAAUAUCUAUGCAGGUGCAGACAUUGAGAUUUUGGAUUCAGAGUUUUCAUUCAUCGGAAACUAUGAGAAGGGGUCUGUUCUUUCAGCAGGAAAUGAGAGAGCUGUAGCAGUAUUAAGAAACUGUACAUUCUUUAAUAACACUUCUAUUGAAGGAGGAGUAUUUGAAACCCAAGCAGAAAGUAAUAUUAAAUGUUACAAUUGAACCUUCUACAAUAAUUUUGCAAUCACUGCUGGAGUUGUGAAAGUUAAUGGAGAUGGUGCAUUUGAGUUUUAUAACACUUCUAUAUAUAAUAAUAUUGCAAUGGAUGGUGCAAUUGCUGAGUUAUUUUCAUCCCAGCUUCAGAGCAUUGUUGACAGUUCUAACAUAACUGGGAAUUAUGGAGUAUCAAGGUCUGAAGUAGAGAAUAACAUAAUUCUACAGCCCCACAUUCUUCAGAGCUAUCGAGAUUACGUUGCAGAUAAUGACUACCUCCUUGAUAUCAACCCAUCUCAAGACAAUUUCAAAGCAAUAUUGGGAAUAUUACUCAUCUCAAACUCCCAUUUCACCGAACUGCCUGGUCUAUUGUCUUCGACAGGAUCAGAAGUAGUCAUAACCGAUUGAACCUUCAUCAAUAUCAACUUUGAAUCUCACUUGUUCAGAAGCAGUGAGUCAGAUAUGACAAUCACCAACAACACAUUGACUAAUAUAACCUGCACGGAAAAUGAAAUUUUCCAUUUCGGGAAUUCCUUCCUGCGGCUGGACGACCUGGUCUAUACCAAUUCCAACUGUCGGCUUAUCAGCUCUGGUCUGUCACAGCUCUAUUUAAGGAACAUGCACUGAUCAAACCUGACUCUGACCAGUUCGUUAAUGUAUAUACUCAAUUCCUUCGAGAUAGUAGAGAAUGAUGAAGGAAUUCUAGUCCCGACUUCAAUAAUAUCUUGCUCUUUUAAGGAUAUUAAUGUUGCAGAUACUGAGUUGAUCUCUGUGAGAAAUUCUAAUAUUUCUGACAUAAACCAUACCGAGUUCAUACAGAUUGUCAGCCAAGGGGGAGAAAGCCAAGUACUAAAAUUAGUGAAUUCAGAGAUAAACAAUUUUGACAAUAUUACUUUCAGAGAGAAUAAAAGAUGCUUAUUAGCCACAAAGUCCAUCCUCAGAAAUAUUGUGAACUCUCUAUUUGAAUCCUGUGGAGAGUCUGACACUCUCUUAGGAGGAGCUAUAAAGUUAUUCGGUAGUGAUUCUACGAUCACUCAUUCAAACUUUAGCUUCAAUCAGGCACAGAUUGGAGCGAGCAUUAGUAUUGAGUGAGACUUGGAUAAACCUUGCACUAAUAAAUUCAAAGAUCUUGUAAUAGAGCAUAAUGCUGCAUCUGAACAGGGUGGAGGGAUAUACUAUGAUUCUUUUAGGCCAGAAACUGAGAGAAUUCAAUAUUACAACAACAGUGCUCUAUAUGGCCCCGAUGUAGCAAGUUAUGCUGUAAAGAUUGUUCAGUCAAAUACUCAGAACAAUAAGGUGUACCUCGAUAAUGUCCCAAGCGGGCAACUAUAUUCUAAACACCUGAGUUUUGACCUUGUAGAUUACGAUGGACAGAUUAUGAAUCUUAUAGAUUCAGUAAACAUCAAAAUACUUGAAGACAAUUCAGAACUCUCUGUGAAAGGAUCAAACUUUGCUGUAAUAAAGAAUGGUACAGGAAUAUUUAGCAACCUCAUCUUUGUUGGUAAAACUGGGAUGAAGAACAACACUUUUAGGCUCACAUCAGUAAAACUAGACCAAAAGGUUGUAGACCAAGUGCUUGGUAACUCUGAUCAGCAGUAUACUAACUUGAUUGACGUCUCAUUCAGGUAUUGCAAGCCUGGAGAAAUAGAGACAGGCCAGAAACAAUGCGACCCUUGUGAGUUUAGGACUUAUACUUUUGAAUGGAACUCCACAAGAUGCCUACCUUGAAUGGAUGAUGCCACUUGAAUGGGAGGUACUUAUAUAGAUGUUGACGAAGGCUAUUGGAGGAAAACUACAAAUUCAUCACUUAUUGUUGAAUGACUCAAUAGGGAAGCCUGAUUAGGCGAUCAUUAUACAGGGGGAGGUGAAAGCCCUACUAAAUGUAAAACUGGAUACAAGGGUAUUCUGUGAUCUCAAUGAGAUAUUAUCGGUGGUACUAAAUAUCAACCAUUAUCAGACUUUCAGUGAAGCAAAUGUCCUCAUCCAGUUAUCAAUGGAUUAAGAAUGGCCUUUGUUUCAACAUUUGCGUUUUUAUUCUUAUUACUUUUGAUUUAUAUUAACUUGAGAAAGACUAAGGAGAGUCAAAUGUCUAUUCUCCUCCGUAUCUUGACUAAUUAUAUUCAUUUAAUAACGGUAUCACUAUCAUUUAAUGUGAGAAUCCCUACUAAUUUCACAACGAUGUUUUCGUUUAUGAACAGGGUUUCAUCUCCAAAUGAAACGUUUUUCUCCUUCGAUUGCUUUUUCAGUGGAGAAGAGAUAACAUUGUAUGCUCCUUCAAAUCGCUUGCUUAAGAAUUCUUUGUUCAUUUUUCUUCCUGUUCUUCUAGUAGGGGCUAUUGCUGGGCUAUUUGGCUGCAUUAAACUAGUUCAUCUUAUCAUUGUUUCAAUCAGAAUUCAUAUAUUUAACCAUGAAAUUGUCAGGACCAAUUUGUUUAAUUUUAGAAGAUCUCUUGUUGUAUCAAUGAUAUGCAUUGUCUUCUUGUUUCAUCCUGCUUUUACCGCGAAGUCAUUGUCGAUGUUCUUAUGCACCAGAAUUGAUGAAGACGACUCAAGAAUGACUCACCAUAUGGAGUAUACUUGUUAUUCAUGGAAUCACAUCAAAUGGGUCUUGGUGAUUUCAAUGCCCCUCCUAGUGAUCUGGGUAAUUGGUUGCCCUCUGAUUGUCUUAUGGAUUCUCAUAAAAAAUAGACGAAGCCUUGACAGCCCCAAAAUUAAAAGCUACUUUCUCAUCCUCUACCAAGGUUUCAGACCGGAAACCUUCUAUUGGGAAUUCGUAAACUCAUUCAAAAAGUUUGCUAUCCUGGGAUUAAUUUCGUUCCUCAACACCUCUCCACCUGCCUACAAGAUCAACGGGUCUGUAAUAUCUCUGCUAGUUUUCUACCGGUUCCAGUGAAACAUGAAGCCUUUCAAGUGUGACUCCUACAACAGACUAGACUUGAUCUCCCUGGCAGUAGCUAUAGUAACAAUAUUUUCAAGUGUAGUGUUCGUGCUAGGCUACAAGGGAAAUUUUGUCCUCCAUUCUGUAUUACUGCUGUUCGUGUUCUGAGCUAACUUGUACUUCUUAUUGUGAUGGCUGUACCUGGUCAUGUCCCUACUGGAGUGGAACAACGAGUGGUACCAGGGACUUAUGAAGGCAAUGAGAAUGGCUGGGAUCUGUAGCUGGGUUAAGCAAGAGAGUCAGCCCACUGAGAGCAAGUCAGGUGGGAUCAUUAAAAAGAGACUUUAUAAGACAAAGAGAAUUAAGAAAAAGAAAAUUAAAAAGUUGAUCAAUAAAAGGAAAAGGAGGCUUAUGCAGAGGCAGUAUAACCCACCAGUUGAUGAGAAAAGUGAAGGUCCGGAGAUUAAUGAUGAAGGAAUUAGCAAAGAAACUUUCGAUAAAUAUUUCCAAAUAAGUUCGUUCAGAAAUCAGAAUAAAGAGCCCAAAGUAGAUCUUCCAAGAAGGAAGGAAAGAGAGAACAAAAAGAUCAAGUUCAGAGAUCUUAAAAAUGAGCCUAAAAUGAAUAUCAUCGAUGGCCCAAAUACAAGUUCUAGGUUCUUAAACCCUGUAGUCUGGGAAGAAUAGGAAGACUCUGCUUGAUAAUUAUGCAUGUAAAGCUUUAAGAAUGU